AGCAAUGGACGAAAAAAAGACUACAGCAAUGGUUUUAAUAGACCUGAGUAAAGCCUUUGAUAGCAAUUGCCAUGAAAGACUACUCCAAAAGCUCCAAAAUUUGGGCGCUUCUUCCUCUAGCGUUGAUUGGUUUCAGAGUUAUCUAUCCGAUAGAUAUCAAGUCACACGCAUUGGUCAAUCUACGUCAACUUCUUUACUGGUGAAACAUGGAGACCCACAAGGCUCCAUCUUGGGUCCACUGCUGUUUACAAUAUACAUGAACGAUUUACCCAAAGUUGUUUCGAAUUGUAACGUAGAAUCAUAUGUUGACGACACAAAGACGUUUAUAUCAUUUUCCUUAUCAGAAGCCGACCUUGACCUGUCAAGCCUUUCCCAAGAUCUCAGAAAUAUAGCAGAAUGGUGCUGUUCCAAUAAGCUUCUAAUAAAUCCCACGAAGACAGUGUUUAUGAUAUUUGGAAUGGAGAAAUCGAUAAAGAAUCUGCCAAACUUAUCAAUUCCUUUUCUAGGAAAAAUAUUAACACCUGUCACA